AUGUACUGCCAAAGGACACAGAAUGAGGAAGUUACUGUAGGAACUGCGCAGAUAAAGGAAAAUACUUUUGAUGAUCACUAUAUUUCAGAUCUGCCAUAUUUUCUGAAUGACAUUUAUCAUGAGGAAACAAGGCAUUCUCCCUUGAUUGAAUAAACAUUUGACAAAAAAGCGCUCAGAUUUUAUUUUCAAAAUGGAGGACAAACAGCAGCGCAAUCUGCGCAACUACCAUCACCAGGCACGGAUUCUCCUGACUGAACGGGAGCGCGAUCUUCUUCAUGACAUGCUGAAGGAGUACCAGAAAUACCACAAUGCUCGGCAGUUCAUCUCUGAUCUACGCAGUAUUCUCAACACGCCAGCAAAGAUGGACCUACUCCGGGAGAUCAGGAACCUGGUGCCUCCUGCGUACUUGCAAGAAUUUGACACCUUGGCACCGUACGACCGCAUGGCUCACCCGAUGGCCACGCAUUUAAUGCAGGAUGCUCCUGUCUUUAAGAGGGCUCCGAGCUGGCAUGGGAGGGCUUAUGAAAGGUCUUUUGAUACGCAGAGUGAAGAUUUAGAUAUGAGUCAUUAUGUAGCAACCGGUCCCCGAGUUUUAACAAUCACCAACAAGAAUGAGGAUUUAGGCUUCACAAUCAAAGGAGGAUCAGAGCAGGGUACCCCGGUCUCUGUAAGCAGGGUAGAGAGAGGGUCUGAUGCUGAGAAAAAUGGACUGGCAGUUGGUGAUGAGAUUUUAGAAGUGAACAACAUUAAUUUUGAGGAGAUAGCCAUCAGCAGUGCUAUCCGUGUAUUACAGGGAUCCAAUAAGCUCCGAAUGACCGUUCAGCAUAAUCCUGCAUUAGUACAACACUCUCAAAGAAGACAAUCAAAAGAGAAAACAAAAUGGUUUGAUACCUAUUCUCGUGCAAGGGGCCCGCCAUCAGGUCUGAACGCAUCCACUGCUGGUAUAAACCGAGAAAGGAAAGUAGUGAUUCAGCUUGAUGAGAAACACAGGUUUAUUGGUUUCAACAUACGAGGAGGAAGCGAGUAUGGCCUGGGAAUAUUUGUAUCCAAGACUGAUAGGGGUGGUAUGGCCGAGUAUCACAAGAUACAGGUAGGGGAUCAGAUCCUUUCAGUCAAUGGGACUAGCUGUGAGAACAUCCCUCAUGCUGCGGCUGUUGAUCUCAUCAGGGGACAGAAGAGACUUGUCUUGAUCAUUCGUAGCAUGGCAUCAGACAACCUCAAUCAAAGCCAAAACAAAGCAAGCAGGUCGCAAAGUACCACUCCUUCCAUGAUUUCUGGCAUCUCCAAUCAACAGCAGCAGAAAUCACCCCCAUUUCCUAAUGGACCAGUCCCACCCAUCCCUAAGCAGAACAAGGACUGGCUGACCAGAGCACCACCUCACGGGGGUGUGCAACGUCUUGAUGCAAGGGACAUGAAAACCAAGCAAUCUCCAGGUGAAAAUGUUCCAGUAAUCAUGUCAGCAAGACAAAAUGUCCAGGGAGGCCCUCAUCUCAGCAACACAACUAUCACAGAUCAUCUCCCCAGCCGACCCUCGUCUGUCCAAUCUCAGCAAUCUACCCAGCGGACACAGCCAUACCCCCAGUCACAACCCGCGACACACCCUACAACACAACCCCCAGCACCUCCACAGCAACAUCUCAGACCAUCGCCACCCCAUCACCCCCAGCAGGUGGUAUCAGGCAGGGGUGGGGACAGCGGGGGUAAGGAGAAGAGGCGUGGCCUUGGGAGAUCUCUUAGUGUCAAACAUCCUGGAGAGAGGAGACUUCCGGUGAUGGAACAGCAAAGUCCCAAGCACAAACCGGCCAAGGUCAAACGAAACAAGACAUUCCGUGCCCUGUUUGGCCUCAAGCCCAAGGUCAAAGGUCACGAGAAGGAGCAACGUGAAUACGACCGGAGCCCUGAGAGGGAGAUCUCCCCUCCAUCUCCCAAGAAGGAUAUUGAGGAGGAGAUCCUGGCAGAGUCAUUUGAUGAGGAUCUAGCCAGGGUGGAUCCCAUUGGGCAGGAGGCAGGAGCCCAUGAUGAGGAUCCUGGAGGAGGGGUGAUGGAGAAGGAGGGCAAGAGACAUAGAAAAGGGAAAAAUAAGAUGACCGGUAUCAUCGCAAGUUUCCGCAAGACCAGACCGGAGGGUAUUGUAAAGAAGCGUCACAACAUCUCCUUACCUCCAGAGGAAGAACAAGAAAGGCCGCCCCCUGCUGACCGUCCUGGGUCAGCCACUAGUUGGGCAUCUAGGAAAGAUAGUUUAGGGGAAUCACUCAGCAACAGCUCCCAUGGCAGUCUUGGCAGGCAGAAGGGAGCUUUCAUCGCUGGAGCAGGAACACAGAUCAUGCAUGUCCAUGCAUCUCAGGCCAGUCAGAUGCCUAUACUCUCAGAAGCUAUCAAGAAAACACUCAAUCAAGAUGAGGCUGCUGCUGUCCAUAGACACAUCAAAAGGUAUCAUACAGAGGGGGAUGUUGAUGCUCUUGUGACUCCACUCCUGGCGAUCUUGGACAAACCUGAGAAGGCGGUUCUAUUACGAGAAGUCAGAGGAGUGAUAGCUCCCUUAGACCUGGCUGUCUUUGACUCUAUGGUAUCAAGAAGAGAGCUUGAAGCAAGGAAUUAUCUCAAUGCCAAAUCAGGGUCUGUUUCACCAAGACUAUCAUUUGACAGGAAGCUUCCCUCAAAUCAGCUUGAUUUAAACCAACCAGGUACCUCUAAUAACAAUGAAAGCGAUACAGAAAAGCAGAAGAGGCAUCAGAAUGAAUUGGAAAGACUGCGAAAGCAGAGACAGGAGGAGGUACGACAGGCAACACUAACGGCUACUGGGAGAUCUGCAGACAUUGACCCAUCACCCUACGGACAGAUUGGCUACCCUGCUAACCAGAGCCGCCACGGGAGCUUUGAUACAUAUUCCUUUGGAGAGAGGAGGGACCAAGCCCCGCCUUCUUUCUCCACCUUCAAGGGUGUGGCAGUGGGUGGUUCUGGAAGGGGCAGUCCUGCAAGCAGCAUCUCUGAUGGUAGCCUUUCCAAGAAGACAGCUAAGAGAGUCCUCAUCAAUGCAGCUCCGCAGAUCAUCAGGACAAACUCCACUGGUGAUGAUGUCUCACCACGCAGUGAGGAGGGGCAAGGUGGACAGGACCAAGGAGAUGGUGUCAAGGAUAAUGUCUUUGAAGAUCGGUUUGGGAGAGGGAGAAAUGUUCAUGGGUCAGGAUGGGACCCCUAUGAAACGAUACCUGUGAGCAGGCUGGGUGAUGACUUCUCUGAAUCGCCAAAGAUUCAGAACAAUGAACUUGCUGGUCGGAGGCAGGCGAGUCAAGGUUCUGGAGCGACGAGUAGGGGUGAGUUCGACCCUCCGUAUGCAGCAAUCAAGAUUAACCCACUGACUGAUGAUGCUCAUGACACCACCGAUGCAAAUGAGAGUGGUCAUGAUAGCUCAGAUUCUGACUACAGCAUUGGUAAGAAGAACGGGAUGUACCGCAUCAUGGGCAGCGAUGCAGAUGAUAACUGGGAUGAUCGGGAUUCAGCAAGUCCACCAAAACCCAAUUCCAAGCCACACAAGCUGAGCCCCAUCCCUGCUUCUCCACCCACUCCCAGAAUCAUCGAACCCACUCCUCCUUCAUCUCCAUCCGAAGCCAGUCAGAACCUCGAUGCUCUUCUGCAGGUCGGGCGAGACAUGAUCUCUACCCCCAACCGUGAUGGGACCAGCUCCAAUCGUUCCAGCGGUAGUAGCUCCGAUGAUCCUGUCUACGCUCAGGUCAUGAAAGGAGCAGCAGCUAGGACUCCUGCUAACUUCCUGGAUGUGAGGGACUCUGUGGAUAGUGCUUCGGAGUCUGAGAGCAGCGCUAAAAGAGUUAGCUUCAGUGAAUUCAAUGGCUCACCAAAACCCCCAAGGAAAGGAAUACUCAAGAACAGUUUCAAUCGCAAUGAGCGUCCUACCGUCCCCAUCAGGAACCCACAGCUUUAUCUUGAUGAUGACGAUGAUGAUGAACCUUCUCCACUCAAGGAAAUCAUUAGGAGCAGGCGAGGAAAGUCACCUAUCAAACCUGCUGCUAGAAGGAUUGACGGCUUCCCAGGGAGAGAGAUCUUUGAAUUUGAGCUCUCAAAGUCACAGUCAUCACUGGGACUCAGUCUAACAGGAGGAAAGGACUAUAAGAACCAGCCCUAUGUAAAGGUAGAUAGGAUAUACCCAGGAGGUGCUGUUGCAGAUGAUGGUAAUCUUACGUCUGGAUGCGUCUUGGUUGGUGUUGAUGGGAUAUCCUUACUGGAUGUUAGUCAUCAGCAGGCCAUGGAGAUCAUCCGCUCAGCUUACAAUGAUAAGAGUAAGAAAACAAUGCAGGUCGAGUUCAUGGACGCUCUAUAACAUGCUUUGGCAGUCCAAGUUCUGCAGUUAAUGGCUACUCUGGCGUAAUUUCAAUCAGCAACAUUCCUUGCUACUUAACAACUUCAAGAACGACAUGGAUGCUAAGUCAAGACAAUCAUGGGCAUGAAUCGUAGAAUAUGUAAUGUUUCUUCAUUUUCAAUCAUGUUUUAACUGUCAAACCUUCCUAUUGUAACUACAGUACUUGCAUUAUCUUAUAAUCAUAUUUAUAUUUAUUCCAUGAUGCCGUUUUAAAAGUCAGAUUAAAAACCUUUCAGAAAUUGUUUUGAUAGUGAUCACAGAAAUCUUUACUCAUGAAAUUAUGGAAUCUUCUUUGUCAUCGAGUGAGUUGAUGACAGAAAAAGCAAUUGCUUAUUUACAUGCUAAUGUCAAUUAUCCUGGUCAGUGUAUUGUCUUAUGAAUGGUGAAGCCUGCAAAUAUGGCAGAUCAAGAUUGUUUGCUACUCAUAUCUUUUUCUUUGGUUUGAGGAAAAUUUAAGAAAGAAGGGUGAUAGAGUAUACAUAUGAAAUACAUAUGAUGAAAUUUGUGCGAUUGUCACCAUACUCAUUUGACCAAGAAUAAUAGUGAAAGAAAAAUGGUUUGUAAAUUGCCGCGAUUGGGGCACUGUAGGUUUUAACUGUUGCUUAUUUCCCCUUUGCUCUUUAAUCUGCCAAAUUCCACUGAAAUCACAUCUAGCUCUUCUUUACUUAGCUUUUGAAAUAAAAGGGUUGGAUGCUGAAUACCUCACUAUACCAAAUUGUCUAUUGCGCUAUAAAUCGAGAAGUUUUCUGCUUUUACAGUGACCAUUCCCUGGCUAUUUUUCAUUAAAUCCUUGUAAUUACAGGAGCAGUUGCUGCAUUCAAUAUUGUAAGGUUUAGCAUUGCAAAGAGCAAGGAAAAGAACAAUUGAUUGAAGGCUAAAUAAACUAUUGCAGUGGAUUUUCUUGACAGUUUAUACACUCGUGUAUAUAAGUGAGGUGUUGGUGAUGGUGUACAUUUUAAGAGAGCAGAGAGAAAACGAAACCUUGACGACAAAAGUAACAUGCACAUCCUGGGCGAUAAUGCAACUAAAGGCCUGAUCCCAUUUGCCAACGUACACAAAACGUAUCCAUAAAGGAUACAGUGGACAAGCAAAAUUUUUGGGUUGCUCCAUCCAUUUUCAUCUUCUCCAGACAUUGGACAAAAUGGGCAAAAAAAGAAAUCACAAGUGGACGUGUGCUCGAUGGAUAUAGAGCGUAUGAAACAGGUAUGCAAAGAGUACACAAUGGAUACAUAACGUUUUGCAAUGGAUGGCUAUCCUCCCUGCAGUGCAGUGGGACCAAGCCUUUAGGGAGGCGAUGGUGUCAUAUCUCUGAAAGGCUGAUUUUUUACAUCACCUUGUGUAAAGUACUAAACUGAUUCAGAAAUUAUGUUAUAUAUAAAUAAGGAAAGAAACUUGAAAGGCUGUACAAAUAGUAGAAAUGUUUUCCAUGUUUAUCACCUUGAACUAUUAUAUCAGUAUCUAAAGGCGUUAUUCUAUCCUUCAACCAGAAUAUGGUAGAUCUUUUUAUUCUAUGCCAAAAGUGUGAUUUCGUAUUUGAAAUAUCAACAAUCCGUCUUCUUCGGCUCUUUCAGCAGAUUUUAUAUAAAAUAUAACUGUUUGUAUUUCUUAUGAUAUGAAUAGCAGGGCAACUGUGUGAUAAUAGAAUGUUUGUGUGUGUUUGGUAAUAAGAUUUAUAGUUUUGCUGAAUGUUAGAGGCUUUGUUUUAAAUACAUACUCUUACUCUCAGUAUCCUUUAUUUUACUCUGUGUGUAAAUAAUCAUGUGUAAAAUAUACUACAUACAUGUAUUUGUGAAUAAGGAUGAUGUUUGAUUAUGAUGAUCAUGUGCAAAUAUUUUACAUAUGUUAAUUGUGUAAAUUGAAUGCAAGAUAGUGGUUAUAUUAUAAGCAGGAAUGAAGGCAAUAUUAUGAAUCCAAAUAGAAAAUGCUUUAGAUAUUAAUAGAUAAUAUAGUCAUGUCUUAGAGCAGAAGCAAAACUGCUAUGACAGUAUGCUAUGUUGGAUUAGAUUUUUUUCCAAUGAAAUUUGUAUUGUAUCUGUUAGCUACGUUUAAUUCUUUCCAAAGUAAACAAAAAUAUUUAGUCUUCAAAUGGUUAUGAAGCGAAAUUUUGAAUAAAAAAAUAUAGAGUUAUACAAUUUUUGAAAAAGCUGUCCCAUUGUGAAUAAUUCUAUGCUGAAAGAUUCAAAGUAAAUUAAGAAAUCAAAAUUUUCUCAAAAAACCUUUUCCUCAGAAUUCUGAAAUACAUUUGCGGUAAUUAAUUCCCCAAAUUAAUCUUGUUUUACAUCUGAUUUCCCUUUCCAUUUUUUCCGGGAAAAUCAGAUUGACCAUUUCAGGCAGGUCUUACAUGUAGGGGUUCAAACCUAUCACAUGUAGGGGUCAAACAUACUCUACGGAAUUGACCAAUCAGUUCAUUUUUAUAUUGACAAUGUUUUUCUGCUGUUUAUUUUUCAGCACUAUAUAAUUAGCAUUGCUCUUCAGCUGCUUGUCUAAAUGUAAGUUAAAAAUUAAUCGUAUUUGGCAAAUUUUGAGAAAGUAAAAUGUAUAAAAAUCAUGUCAGUAGUGAAAUUUGUGUAAACCUGUCUAACCUUGCCGUAGAACAUCUUGUAUAGUUAAAGUUGUGAAUAGUACUAGUUCUGUGUUUCCAAGUUAUUUUAAUCUUUUAUUUUUUCAUUUUUAUAAACAUAUUUAGGCUGCUGUUUAAAUUUGUAAUAAUCAGUCAAAUACCACAUUUAUUCAGUUUGCUUCUGUAUUACUUGAUGUGUUUGUUGACAUAAAAAGGACCAAGAAAAUUUAUGAAUCGAUAUUGUACCAAUCAUAAAUUGGAAUUGUACCAAUGUUAGUACAUUUUUCAUCGCGAUGCUGAUGGGAUGAAUACAAUAGAAACAUUGUUACUUUAGAAUAGAAAAAUAUUGUUAGAACAUACAUCCUUGAUAAAAGAGUCUUUCAGAGUUAUCCUAUGCAACUUGAGAACAGAAAUUCUGUCAUACUUCAUCCAAAACAUACAGUUCUUUUGAUUGGCAUGAAUAUUUAAUGGAUAAUGGUAAUUUAAAUAGAAUAAACAUUUUAUUUAAUGUAAUUUAAUCAGAUUUGAUUUGUUUUAAAAAGGCUACAGGUAUCUUCAAAUUCUUCCGUCCAGUUUAGAGACCUGCCUCUUCUUUGCAAUGGAAUCACCUUGUUUUGUAUUCAGCAUUAAGAACUUUUACACCUUUCUUAGUGCAUUUUAUAUCGUGUUUAAACCCUUGACAAAAGGCUGCAUUUUUAAAGCAUUUUCAAACAUAAAUCAUCAGUAUUUAUUGUUUUUAAACUUGUAUUCCAUUUUCAUCUUGAUGAAAGUAGUUUUGUGUGCUAUAUAUGAAAUGAACUUAUCCUUUUUUGGUGAAGUGAAUUAGUCUAUUAAAAAUGCAGGAAUAGGCCAAUUUCAGAUUAUAUUCCUUGUUUCUGAAAUGAAUUCAAAAGAAGUGUGAUGUAGAUUGCUUGAAUUUUCAUAAGUGUGAAUUGAAGUCUGAAUAAUUUUAUUCUCUCAUGUAGUAGAUUCAUUUCAUUUGUCAUUUAGGGUUACUUUAUAAAUCUGUGCAUUUGAGAUUUGAUUCAUUCUAUCAACUAUUCAUCACCGUGUAAUAUGCUGAAAGAAUAAACAGCUAUGUGCUUUUGAGGCUUUCAGGAA